UAUUGGGAUCUGUACCAGCGAUGUUGGCCCCUUAAAGAUAACAUGUUCAACACAAUACCGGGCCGCCUACUUGAGGUAGAAUCUGACUCGGAUAUCGCGAUUAGCCGUCUUAAGAAAUGGAUGGAAGACUGCGAAUUAAAUCACCCCUUCUGCGGACGUCCGCGAUAAGCCAAGUCUAUCUCAAUUCCCAUCUAACGAUAUCAGCGGCUGCUUCAAAAGACAGUUAUUCCGGUUGUUUUCCAAAACGUGAGAAGGAUUCGUAUGCCACUCCUGCAAACCUAUCUCUCGGGCAUGGCACUCCAAGAGAAGCGACGGAGCUGAGGAGCCACGAGCUAGUAUACGAACACACUUCUCAGCCCGGGAAAAAGAACUUGAUUCAUCUGUUCGAGGAGUGGUUUCUGGGAUCUAGCUUCCACUUCCCUCAAAGAACGGAGAUGGGGUCGUUCGGCAAGCGAUACGACCCGACCGCUGACGAAGCUCUCAGCUCGCGGGCAUGGACUCUGCAGGAACGUCUGCUUUCUCGGCGUCUUAUCCACUACGCCCGUGAUCCGAUGUAUUUUGAGUGCGAGGCUUGCAUUUACUCCGAAGAUGGGUUCACGUUUGGUGAUAUUUACUUUGGGAUGAAACGCCUCCUGGACACGUAGCGUAUAUCCCAUAAGCAGCACGGGCUUUCUCAAGCAUCCGGAAUCUCUUUUAUCGUCGGCCAAGAGGCUGGGGGGAAGUACCCUGGAAUUAAGUGGCAAGGGGAUGGCUCUCCUUGGUCGAGAACUAUACGAUGCGCAAUUUGACUGUGUAGCGCGAUAAGCUCACUGCGUUGGCUGGUGUGGCGAGAGCAGUGGCAGAAGAGACACGGGAUUGCUACUACGCGUGCUUAUGGCAGAAACAAUUCAUGGAAAAUCUAUGUUGGCGGAUGCAUCCCUACGAAGAGAUAGAGGAUCGAAGGGAUGCGAAGAUCACGCCGCUAACGGGGAAACACUUGGGGACUGUCCGUAGGCCGGCCGGCCGAAUAUCGAGCGCCUAGUUGGUCGUGGCCAUCUCUUGACGGACCUGUCAUGUAUAUUACGUUAUCUUUCAGGAACUUAGUCUCCUCGAUCAUUAAUUGCUCAACUGUUUCCGCCGGCAAAGACCCCUAUGGUAGGGUAUCGAGUGGUAAGCUGGAUAUAGAAGUGAGGCGGAUUUUCCAAUAAGUCAAAGCACCCUUACAGGGGCCACCCUAGUGGGGGCCACCUCAAAAACGCAACGCGUUUGUAAUAA